AUGGUGGCAGCUGCCAUUGGUCAAGUCCUGGAUUCGGAUGUUUUUGCUUGCAAGGAGACGGGGGAACGUUUUAUCAAAGUUCGUGCGGUUAUCGACUUCGCCAAACCACUCCGGUCCCAAUUAUGGGCUCCUAGCGACGAGGUUGACUGUUUUUGGGUGAACCUGAAAUAUGAGUUUCUCCCUAGUUUUUGCUACCAUUGUGGUCGGGUGGGUCACGCUCGACGUGAAUGCUCGUUCGAUCCGCCUAAGGGAAAGGAGCGGUUUGGCCCUCACAUGUCGACUCGGAAACUGGGGAGAAAAAUCUACGAUGAGGAGACUGAUACUAUGAGGAGUAGGGGCCAGAGACAGACGGUGUGGGUCAACCGCCAAAUUAAUGGCCCUACCCACAAUGGACGAACCUACGUUGGUGGUCGGGAUGAAAUGAAGCCCGUGGUAGUGAAGAAACCGGAGGUUGCUCCUCGGAAUGAUGCGAUGGGAGGCACAAUCCAUAAUAAUAAAUCGACUCAGGAUCAGGGACUGAGAGCCCAUCCAAGCAAAUCGACGAGUCCUCGAGGGUUUCCUGUCACGAAACCACCACGGCUUCAGCUCGCCCGAGGAAGAAACUCUAGAAAACUCGGCCAACUCGGGAAUAAAUCUGAAACUGGCGGACGGGAUGGUGAAGGGGAUGAACGCAGGGGUCUUGGUGUCUCUUGCGAAGACCCGUUGGAGCUGAUCGAUGACUCGACGGGAAUCAUUGCCGCCACUCGUCGGCGUCGCCUUAUCCUGGAAUCCGAUUCCGACGAUGAUGCUUUGACGAUUGACAAGCCUCCACCGGUUACAGACUUAGGGCCGGCGGGGGUUCAGGGGUCUGGUUCUAAGGCCCCUCUCCAAGAUAACUGGACCAGUGGUGUGAUUGGGCCAGUAGGGGAGCAGGUUACGGGGCAGGGCGAUGGGCCAGUGGCAGGGGAAAAGCCCACUCCUGGUAAGGGGUCGGCCAAGAAAGGCCGUGUGGGCCAGAAGCAGCAUCAGGCCCGUCCCCCCAAGAAAAGCAAUUCGAGGAAGGCCAAGGGGGAGGGUGGGCGCGGUGGGUCACGGAAGGGUGGCCCAAAUGGGCUGAAAGCUGACCAAGUUGGGCCUAUGGAGUUGGGCGGAGCAGAGGGGCAGCCCCAUGGGCUGGCGCCCAAGGCUGAAUUGAUUAAAGCUUUGGUUUCCGAAAAUUCAGAUUCGGAGGAAGACCAUCAAUGCUUUGAGAUCAAACGAAGGGGUCCUUCAUCCAAGUCUAAUGUUUUGGAUGCUCCUGCACCAGGGCGGGUUAGUCAAGUGGUGGCCGCGUUUGAAGCAGGUCUGAUAAUUAAUUCAGGGGCUUCUCUGAGUGUGCAGGAAGAGUUGGAAGAGAAAUUUGAAGUUCCGGGCGAGAGUGCUGUUUUAGACGAAUAUGGGUCAAACUUGGUGAACCAAGAGCUUGGGACGCGUAAGCGCCCGCUGGAGACUGUUGAGGGAGAGAUGGGAGAUGCUCCCUCGCCAAAGAAACAGUUUAUUGAAGUUGAUGACAAUCUGGAACAGGUGGAGGAAGCCAGCCUAAAAUGGCCCCAGUCUAAUAAAUGA